CAAAUAAUCCUAUUUAAUCUCACAAACUCCCAGACAACUACGUAUAGCACAAAACGAAAUAAAUAACAUUAUAUUGUUAAAUCAGUUGAUGGUGUGUUAAGUGCAAUUUAAAAUUUCAAAUCCUUUAGCUCAUUUAAGGUUGUUAUUAUAUUAGUACAACAAUGGGGUUCUUGUUAGUGCUGUUUUUGACCGCAGUUGUCCUACAACAACAAGCGCUGUCCGCUGAUUCGGAUGGAUGUGCCGAUGUUGGUCUGAAACCUUAUGAAUUUGGUGAUUGUGAUGAUGUUUCUCGUUAUAGGAGAGUGAUUUACUCGAAAACGUGCAUCAAUGAAUUGGGUAGCAGAAAUUAUACAAUUGGCUGGCAAGGAGCAGAGAAAAUUACUUGUGUCACAAUCAACACUAAUGGAAACGUUUACUUGAUUGGAGGCGGUAUAGGUGAAGACGUAGCUAUCAUUUUUAUUGAGUCGUCAGCUACUGAAGAACUUGAUUGGGAUUCAGACAUAUACGUUGAAAAUGUUGCAACGAAAACGUUGAAAAAUGUUGAAAAAUCUGUUGAAAAUCUUGAAACAAGGAACAAAACUAUAGAUUCUGUUGCCACUGAUUAAAAUUAUACGUAAUAUGUAUGUAAUCAAAAUAUUUUUGAAAUAAAAAUAGAUAUCUAUACAUA